AUGAGUGAUGAGACAAAAUCAUCAAGGGAAGGAGCCCCAAAGUGUGAAUUGAAGCCUCUUCCUACUGGACUUAAAUAUGCUUUUCUAGGAGAAGAUGAGACCUAUCUCAUGAUAAUAUCUUCUAAACUAGAGCUUUUGCAUGAAGGUAUCAUAUAUCCAAUUUCUGAUAGCAAAUGGGUGAGUCUUACACAGGUUGUUCCUAAAAAAUCAAGAGUCACAGUAGUUGAAAAUGAUAAUGGAGAAAUGGUACCAACUGGGGUCACUACUAGAUGGAGAAUGUGUAUUGAUUAUCGUAAAUUGAACUCAGUCACAAGAAAGGAUCAGUUUCCUUUACCAUUUCUUGACCAAAUUUUGGAAAGAGUUGCAGGGUGUAAAGAGAAAAAUUUGGUGCUUAACUGGGAGAAAUGCCAAUUCAUGGUCACAUUUGGCAUAGUACUUGGACACAUUGUUUCUCACAAAGGAAUUGAAGUGGAUAAGUCAAAAUUUGAUUUAAUUGCUAAUUUGCCUAUUCCUAAAACUGUUAAAGAUAUUAGAUCUUUUUUAGGACAUGCAAGUUUUUACCGGAGAUUCAUACAAAAUUUUAGUGCAAUUGCAAGGCCAUUGAAUAAUCUCUUGGAGAAAGAUGCAAAAUUUGAUUGGAAUUAUGCAUGUCAAGAAGCAUUUGAGAAAUUGAUUAAAAUGCUAACAUCAACACCUGUAAUGCAACCCCCAGAUUGGUCCAUGUCAUUUGAAAUAAUAUGUGAUGCUAGUGAUGGUGCUAUUGGGGCAGUGCUAGGCCAAAGAAAAGACAAGAAGCCUAUUGUUAUCUGCUACACAAGCAUAACUUUGAAUAAUGCAUAG